AUGUAUGGCAACCCAACGACAGUCGCUAUGCGGCGAAUACAGGGGGAGCUCCGGGAUUGGUUGAAGGCCGCGCCUGAAGGGUGUGCACUCGAGUCUUACGAGCCCCUUACGAACUGGGUGGUGAUUAUGCAAGGCCCUGAGGGGGGCCUGGCAAGGUUAUACGAAGGAGAAGUUUUCAGGCUGCAGGUCCGGUUCCCAGACCGUUAUCCUCUUGAAGCGCCAGAGGUUAUCUUCCUUCCAGAGAGCCCCAUUCAUCCCCACAUCUACACGAAUGGACACAUAUGUCUGGACAUCUUGUAUGAUGGGGUGAAUGGAGGGUGGUCGCCUGCUCUGACUGUGAACAAAAUCUGCCUGUCUCUGAGGUCCAUGCUGGCAUCGAACACAGACAAGACACGCCCCGUUGGAGAUCAGGCUUACUGUCGUCGCGUUGGAGAAAGGUCUCCGAAGCUGACGCGGUGGGCGUUUGACGACGACACUGUGUGA